GCAAAAGUAGCUAUCUACCAUAUGCAACAUAUCUCUGCAGCCAACAAUUUUGUAACAAUCCCACCAGGCCUCCCAGUCCAUUGAAUCAGCCAUGUCUCCCAAUCACCCUCCAAAACCGCAUCCAAAGACCCCAUUGCAAUCUAUAAUCAGCUCCCACGACUUCGAGCAUGCAGCUUCAAUCUCGCUAGCCCCCAAAACAUGGUCCUUCUACUCGUGCGCCGCCAGGGAUCUGGUAACCCACAAGCUGAAUAGCAGCAUAUACAACCAGAUCCUCUUCCGCCCCCGCACAAUGACCGACGUCUCGACCGCCGAUACGACGACCUCCAUCCUCGGCCGCCGCUCCGCCCUCCCUCUCUUCUGCGCCCCCGCCGCCCUCUCCGAUGGUGCAUCCCGACGGUGAACGCGCCCUCGCGCGCGCGUGCCAGAAAUCCGGCAUCCCGCAGUGUGUCAGCACCAGCGCGUCGUUCCGGGUAGAAGCCAUCUUCGCGUCGAUUUCGGCGCCGCCGGUGCUGGAUACGCCGCCGCCUGUGCCGAUGACGUUUUUCUUCCAGCUGUAUGUUGAUAAGAACCGGGCGAAGUCGGAGGAGUUGUUGAGGACGGCGGAGAGGCUGGGGGCGAAGGCGGUGUUUGUUACGGUGGACGGGCCGGUGCAGGGGAAGAGGGAGGCGGAUGAGAGGGUCAAGGCGGAUAGGGAGUUGGCGCCGAUGAGUGGGAUGAGGGCGAGGAAUGAUGAGAAGGGGAGCAGUAUUUCGAGAGCGAUGGGGUCGUAUAUUGAUCCCACGCUGAGUUGGAAGGAUGUGGAGUGGUUGAGGAAGAGUACGAAGUUGCCGAUUAUUCUGAAGGGGAUAAUGACGGCACAGGAUGCGGUGCUGGCAAUGCAGCAUGGGAUUGAUGGGAUUGUGCUUAGCAAUCAUGGUGGUAGGAAUCUCGACACAAGCCCUCCUCCAAUGUUGGUUCUGUUAGAGAUUCGGAAGAAUAGCCCGGAGGUUUUCGACAAAGUGGAAGUGUUUGUUGAUGGGGGCAUCAAGAGAGGAACAGAUAUCUUCAAAGCAUUGUGCCUUGGGGCGAAGGCUGUCGGCAUUGGACGGGGCUUUCUUUGGGCACUUAACUAUGGGGAAGAAGGUGUAAAGAAGUUCAUUGAUAUCUUGAGGGAUGAGCUGGAGACUACGAUGAAGCUUUGCGGGAUUACGGAUUUGAGCCAGGUAACCCGGGCUUGGUGAACACGCUCGCUGUUGACCAUCUAGUGCCUGGUGGAGAGGGGCAUCCGUAUGCGAAGUGGAGGCCGAAGGCUAGGAUAUAGAAUGGAAGAUUCCUUCUUGUAUUUAUUAUGAGAAAAUAUUAGACAUUGGUGAAGGCACAAUUUUCCUGGCAGCAACAAUGCUAAUGGUUGCUCAGGAUGUGACAAUGGCCUCCAAUAGUAUAUACAGACC